CAUUGAGCUCUAUUCAACUCCUAUCAUAAAGCAGAAAAUAUUGCAAUGCAGAUCCAAUUAAUUAACAAGAAAGUUCGCAGAAAGUCCAGUCGUCUUCUUGGUUCUUCUGCAUAUCUAACAAGAUAGCAAUCGAGCUCUGUACAAGUUCAACCUGCAGAUUAGAGGAAAGUUGUCUGAACAAGUCUAUUUAUUAUUGUCUGAACACAUAUUAUUAUUUGAACAAGUUUAAUUGUAAACAACAAGUAGAUCUGAUAUAUUCCUAUUUGAUCCUUUUUCUGUUUGUGUAACUAAUUUUCUUUUUUUCCUAAGAUCUCGUCUAUUAUAUGUGUUUUUUAGGAAGUUGAAGAUCAUGAAUAGCAUCUAGUUUAUCUUAAAUCAUUGAUGGAUAGCUGAAGCUUUGUUUGUUCAUUUACCUUUUGUUCCUGGUGACCAGAGCAAGUUGUCUGAACACGUUUAAUUUCGGUUAACAAGUAGAUGUUCCCCUUUUGUCCCUUUAUUGUUUCUAUUGCAGAUUUGUUUCUGAGAUCCCAGCUACUAUGUGUUUCUUUUAAUAAACCAAAGAUGAUUAUGAACAGUAUAUCAUUUAUCUAAAAUUAUUGAUCAAUAGCAGCAACUAUGGACGUAGUCUCGCCAAUACUGGAGAAGGCAAGUGCAAGUUAUGCCAUCAAUAAACUAAUUGAUGCAGCCACUACUUAUGUGCGAGAUCAGUACUACUGGAAAACCGACUUGCAAGAAGAAUUGCAAAACCUCAAACGCUCACUUCCUCAUAUCCAAGCAGUUGUUGGUUUUGCCGAAGGUAGAUUAACUAUGUAUGAGUCUUCUAAUCCAGCAUUAAUGGAGUGGCUUUGGCAGUUCAGGGAUGGGAUCGAUGAGGCUGAGGAAGUACUGGAUGAGCUGGAAUAUCUUGAACGGAAGAAGAAAGCUAACAGUGACAAAAAUAGGCUUUCUAGAAUGGUUGAUGCUUCUGUUAAAGCUGCAAAAAGAUUAUUGAAAUUUGAUGAUGUUCUUGGGAGAUUAAGGACAUGCGUGAAGAACUUGAACACCUCUGCUUCAGAUGUCCAGAAUUUUCUGACACUGGUGAUGCAAAAGGAUGGCAACAGCACUGGACAAAUGCAGCAGGAGAUUCUACCGUUGUCUUCUAUCCAAAGUAGGAUCACCUCUUCUUUACCUGUAUUAUCAUUUAAAGGACGUGAGGAAGAAAAAGGGACAAUCAUCCAGUAUUUGUUGGGGGAAUCAGUGGAAGAAUCUGAAAUUCAAAUCAGUGAGAAUGUGCAUUUCCUUCCUUUGGUAGCCAUGGGUGGUAUGGGAAGACUGCACUCGCUCAACAAGUCUUUGAUCAUUUUGAAAACGUGAAGAAGGAACACUUCGACAUCAAAAUCUGGGUAUGCAUCUCAACUGAUUUUGAUGCAUCAAGUCUUAUGAAGAAAAUUCUAGAGUAUUCAACUAGCCGAUCUGAAUUUGGACCAAUGGAACAACUACCAGUGAAGCUCAAGGAGAAGUUACAUUCCAAAAGAUUUUUACUUGUCUUAGAUGAUGCUUGGGAUGACAAUAACCAGAUAGAGUGGGAGAAACUAUGUGCUCCAUUGCUAUAUGGCCAAAAGGGUAGUUGGAUAAUAUUAACAACUAGAUUGAUAUCAGUUGCGAAGAUGGUCUCAAAAGUAAUGAGAGGAGUCACAAUGGAGCCAAUGAUGUUGCAGGGCUUAUCAAAUGAUGAAUGUCGUUCACUCCUCUAUGAGCAUGCAUUUGUUGGUCAAGACCCAAAUAGAUUCCCACUCCUUAAAGAAAUUGGAGAAGAAAUAGUAGAGAAAUUGAAAGGUGUACCACUUCUAGCAAAGUCAAUUGGAGGAGUGUUGAACAGUAGACUAGAAGUAGAUCACUGGACGAGCAUUUCAAGAAGUGAAUUAUGGAAAAUGCCACAAGAUUCAAAGUACGAUUUCAUUCCAUCUCUAACACUCAGUUACAUGAUGCUUCCACCACGUUUGAAGCGGUGCUUUUCCUACUGCGGCAUAUUUCCUCAAGAUUACAAAUUCAAUAAGCAAAAGCUAGUGUGCAUGUGGGUGGCCGCAGGCCUAAUUUACUCGGAUGGAUUAGAGGAGGGCUCAGAUGAGGACAUAGCUAACUGCUGCUUUGAUAUGUUGUGCAAUAAAUCUUUCUUUGAUAUUCAUACCUACAUUUGGAGAUCAAUUUAGAUUGGUCAAACUUGCAAUGCACCUUAUGGUUUAGGACAAGACUAUUACACCAUGCAUGAUAUGCUGAACGGUCUUGCUUGUUAUGUCUCACGCUAUGAAUGUUGUAGAAUUAUACAUGGGCGCUCCAACUUGCAUGUUGGAUUACAAUGCCAUCCGCCAUAUAUCUUUUACCAGUAACCACCCCGCUCAACUCCAUGAAUUAGCUAAAAUGUUGUGCAAAUUCCAGCACUUGCGAACCCUUUGGAUAGAGUAUGAUGGCGAUCAUCAACAAUUUGAUAAUUUUAUUCGAGAUGCGUGUAAAUCAUCAAGAAGAAUUCGAGUAUUGAUUAUGCAUUCUAAUUAUUCCAAAGUAGGUUCUGAUCAGUGUUUGGAAAGCAAAAGCAUCAGUGACUUCGUAAAACUAAGAUUUCUACAAAUAUCAGGCUUUUUGCUACUACCAUCACUAUCAAAAUGUAAGUUCUACUUCUUACAAACACUAAUUGGUGAUGGAUACCAUCCCAGUCUGGCAAAAGAUGCAUACAAGUUGAUCAACUUAAGACAUGUAUACAAAGUGGAUAUUGAUGCAUUUCUCUCAGUGGCUAAAAUAGGAAAGUUAACAUCCCUCUAGGAAUUAUGCUUCACUGUGGGCACAAAACCCGGAUAUAGAAUUGAUGAGUUGAUGAACAUGGAUAAUCUUCGUCAAUUAUCUAUUAAACAACUUUCCAAUGUGCGGAGUCUUGAAGAGGCCAAUAUGGUCAACUUGGUCAAGAAACGUCAUCUCACAAGAUUGAAACUCUUCUGGAAUGGAGUAAGUAAUCCUGACAUUGAUCAUCAGGAGGUUUUGACAGCUCUACAACCCCCUCCCACAAUUAGAGAACUCAUCAUUACAUGGUAUGAAGGUGCUAGGCUUGCACCAUGGAUGGAUACUCCAUCUCUUUCUCGGCUUGAGCUUCUUCAACUAGAUUCUUGUACAAGUUGGGAAGAACUGCCCCCUCUAUGGAAGUUGCCCUGCCUUAAGUUUCUAAAGUUGAGUCACAUGAAAGCUAUAAGAAGUUUGGGUUGUCACUUCUCCGAUUGUAUUGACAUACAAUUUCCAGUUUUAGAGAAUCUUGAUUUUCGUGACCUUCCCCUUUGGGAGGAAUGGAAUGGUGCGGAUGACUAUAUAUGGUUCCCUCAUCUCAAAUGUCUUCAAAUUCAAAACUGUCCGAAACUACAGAAAAUUCCUGGCCUUCCGUUGUCUAUAGAGAAUCUUUGGAUGGGAGAUUUGGGGUUAGAAGCUCUUCCAUUGUCCUACAAGUGUUCUAAUGGUUCUAGGACAUUUGGAGGAUUUCAGCAGCUAAUGUCCCUCGAGUGCCUUCGAAUUGAUGGCUGCCCAGGGAUUGCACAGAUUGGAUCAAUUGGUGAAGGGGAUGAUAAUAUCCUUCCGUCAUCACUGAAAGAACUUGGAAUUCUUGAAGAACACAAAUAUUUGGCAAGUUGUCUACGAGGUCUCAUUUUGCUCACUGAAUUGUAUUUAUAUUGUUCACCGAACAUGGAAUCACUUCCUUUAGCAAAUGAGCUAGAACAUCUUAUUGCACUUCGAAGCUUGCGUAUUUUCAAUGGUGAAGCCUUGACUUCACCUGGAGGCUUAUAUAUUAUAAAGUCUCUUACAUCUCUGUACAUUUAUGAUUGCCCAAAAUUCCUCUCUACUGAGGUUGAGUCACAGGAAUUUUUAGAAGACAAGAUAAGGAAGCAUGCGGUAUUGUCUUCCUCAGUUUUUGAUCACUCUGCAAGUAAUAAAGCUGCUACCAUCCUUCCCUCCUCCCUUGAAGACCUAAAAUUUAUAAACUCUUGACAUUUCGCAAGAGUCAUUGGGUCUAUGCCUUGAAGGCCUUACCUCCCUCGAAGAGUUGAUAGUAUCAGAUUGCCAUCAUUUGGUGUCUCUUCCGAACAUAGAGUAUUUGCAUAAUCUGACAGCGUUGCAUACAUUGUGGAUUUCUGAUUGUGACAAAUUAUGUGAAUUGGAGUCCUUGACGGCACUUGUCUCCCUCAGAAAAUUGAUUAUUAAUUGCUGCCCCAAAUUACUCGCGACAACAUUUUCUAUUCUUCAACAUCCUGCAACAACAACAGAACAAAGUGCCACAAAGAAAAAGAAGGGAACAUUACCUUCACUUGAAAAGAUUGAUAUCGACAACAUCUUCUAUCUACCCAUUUUGCCUAUUCCAGAAAGGCUAAACACCCUUUCUAUCAAAACUAACAUAGACAAUCCCUUAGUGCUUCUCGAGUUCACUUGUUUCCCUUCCGAGAUAGAGGAGUGGUUGUUGCAAUGUUGGGAGUCUUUGGAAUAUUUACAAUUGGGACAGAUGCCUCAUCUGCAAUCUUUACCAACAAGUUUGGAGAGCUUUUCAUCACUCAGGUCUCUUGGAAUAGAUUUUGCUCCAGAACUUAAGUCACUACCCAGGAUGCCUGCCUCACUGGAGGAAUUGAUGAUUUCUGGAUGCAGUGCAAAGCUUAUGCAACAUUGCCAAAAGAACAUCGGUUCGGACUGGCCUAACAUCAAGCACAUCCCUUAUAUUGAUAUUACAACAGAUGAAGAGGACAAGGCCGAGGUGUGUUAAUGCUAAUAAGGAAUCAUCACUUUUUUUUUAUAGUUAGCACUAGAUAUCUAGCUCCUAGAACCAAUUAAUCCUCGGGUAAUUGGCCUGACCCUAUGAAAGUGUCUCACCAACUACCAAGUUAAAUCAAGAAGAGCUCACGGAGGCUCAUCCAGACAACCAACGUUCUUAGGUCCGCUUCUCACUUGAGGAAAAAUUCCUUACAUACGUCACAGCUGAGACUCAAAUCUGAGCUAUCUGGUUAUUCGUUGGGAGGCCUAAUCGCUGAAGCGCCUAACCGCUGCACCCUAAUCAUCACUUUGUUCAUACUGCAUCUUGUGUUUUCUUAUUGAAUUACCUCAUUGUCACUUAACAUGCCAUCGACUAAGUUUUCUCAAAUUGCUUGUGUCCAUUUUAUUCUAUGAGCUAUUUAAUAAUCUUCAUGUUUCUUUUUCUGUGUUCUAUACGUAUCACCUCAGGCUAAGUCAAUUGCAAAUGUGUCAGCAACAAGCUUUAGAGUUCCACAUGAUCACAUAUAUAUAAUACCAAGCACAGGACUUAGUCAUUCAUCAAAAGGUCAAGUUACCAAUCACAUGACCUGGCCAUUCAUCAAAAGGUCAAGUUACCAAUCACAUGACCUGGCCAGUGCUUUAAGUUUCCAUUUCCAUACAUUUUAAAAAGAACACACGCACUAUCAAUUCCAGUGGUAAUAUACAUCUUUUUAUGUUUGAUUCUGUCCGAAUCAAGAGUCAGCGGACGCUGGGCACGUGG